AUGGCGAAUCCCACUGUCGCUUAUUUUUAUGAUCCUGACGUAGGAAAUUUUCACUAUGGUCCCAGCCAUCCUAUGAAACCUCAUAGGAUAGCAUUGACACAUUGUCUGGUUCUUAAUUAUGGGCUUUAUAAAAAGAUGAAGGUGUAUCGACCUUAUCGAGCAUCAGCACAUGACAUGUGUAGAUUUCACUCAGAGGAAUACAUUAGCUUCUUACAGAAUGUUACCCCACAGAAUGUACAAAAUUUUACAAAGAGCCUUAGUGCUUACAACGUCGGUGAUGAUUGUCCAGUGUUUGAUGGACUAUUUGAUUUCUGUUCAAUGUACACUGGGGCGUCAUUAGAAGCAGCAGUCAAAUUAAACAACAAUCACUGUGAUAUUGCUAUUAAUUGGUCUGGUGGUUUACAUCAUGCAAAAAAGUUUGAGGCCUCUGGGUUUUGUUAUGUGAAUGAUAUUGUCAUUUCAAUUUUGGAAUUACUGAAGUAUCACCCAAGAGUGUUAUACAUUGAUAUAGAUAUCCAUCAUGGAGAUGGUGUGCAGGAGGCUUUUUAUCUGACUGAUCGAGUAAUGACAGUUUCAUUUCACAGAUAUGGAAAUUAUUUCUUUCCAGGCACAGGUGACAUGUAUGAAUCUGGGGCAGAGAGUGGAAGAUAUUAUUCAGUAAAUGUACCUCUGAAAGAAGGAAUUGAUGAUCAAACAUAUAUGCAAGUUUUCAAACCAGUAAUACAAGCCGUUAUGGAAAGUUAUCGUCCAACAUGUGUUGUCUUACAAUGUGGAGCUGAUUCCUUAGGAAGUGACAGACUUGGAUGCUUUAACCUUAGUGUCAGAGGUCAUGGUGAAUGUGUACGGGUUGUGAAGGGUUAUGGUCUGCCAAUGCUUGUACUAGGGGGAGGUGGCUACACAAAACGGAAUGUAGCCCGCUGUUGGACCUAUGAGACUUCUGUCUUGCUGGAUGAUGAAAUCAGUAAUGAUCUUCCCUAUAGCGAGUAUUUAGAAUAUUUUGCCCCAGAUUUCUCAUUGCAUCCUGAUAUUUCUACAAAACAAGAAAAUUGUAACAGCAAGCAAUAUUUGGAUAAUAUUCGAACCACUGUCACUGAAAACUUGAAAAAUGUAGCCCAUGCUCCCAGUGUCCAAAUGCAAGAUGUAGGACCAGAUUUUGCUGGAUUUGAGAUGAAAAAUGAACUUGAUCCUGAUGUACGAAAUCAUCAAGAUGAAAUUGAUCGAAGAAUUGAGCCUGCAAACGAAUUUUAUGAUGGCGAGAAAGACAAUGAUAAAGAUACUGAUGGCUUUUUAGAUGUCUGA